CGCCUGCUUUCAGGUCUCUCGGAUUGCCUGCUGACGUUUGUCCUUGCCUUCUCUCUCCAAAACCGCGGGGACCUGAGCAGGGGAGAAGACCUGCGUCUGUGACUCUCAACGCCCCUUCCUUCUUGAGAACUCCUCGAUCAAGAUGAACGUUUACCGCUCGGUGACUCCGGUCCCAGUCUCGCCCAUCGGAUCGCACGCGUCGCCUUAUACCCAGACGACUGCCUAUCCGCAGGCAGCUACCUAUCCACAGGCGACUCCCUAUUCACAGGCGACUCCCUAUUCACAGACAACACCCUAUCCGCAGACGACGCCGCAGCAAGCGGCCAACAUCCAGCCAGGUUCGAUCACUUACACGACGACGACGGGCCCCGAUGGACAGAUUAUAUACCAUCCUUUCAAAGCGGUCGCCGCCAGCUACCAAACUGCGCAAGGCAUAGUUAACGGUAUCCAGUGGAUUCCCGCUGAAGCGACUUCGGUGCUCCCGGCAGGCGCGACCGUCGCAGAUGCUUCUCUCAACGGAUCCGUGGGCCGUCGGGGAGAUGAUAGGAACUGGCGAGACGAUGACUACAGGCGCCGAGAUGAGGACGCCGCGAGACGCUCACCGAGGUACGAUAGAGAUGGCAGGCGGUACGACGACGACGACUACCUCCGUCGUGAUCGCGAUCGCGAAGACCGUGAUGACCGAGACUACCGUCGCCCUCGGGACCGCGACGAGCGUGACCGCGAGCGCGAUCGGGAACGCAGGCAGAGCACGUACGGCCAGUACCCGAGCGACGACAAGUAUUCCACUAGCGACCUCGAGCGCCGCAUGGAGAACCUCGACAUCGAACGCCGCGAGAGAGACCGCCAGCGCGAACGUGAGCGCGAGUAUGAGCGCGAGAAGGAUCGCGAGCGCGAGCGCGACGGCGUCCGUCCUCGCAGAGGCUCGUUCUACGGCGGAGGCGAACGCCCCACCAGCACCUACCAACCCGCGCCUGGUGGCAAUUAUCCCGCGACGUACACCACGGCUACCUCGAGCACGUAUACCGCCGCCCCCGGCGGUAAUUAUCCCGUUUCCGCCGCCUACCGUGCGCCCUCGCCGCGUCCUCUCGACCGACCAGCCUCUCCGUACCGCAACCCCGGCGCCGUUCCACGUCCCGCGUCUCCUUACAUGGCAGGUGGUGCUGUGCCCUACGCUCCGCGCCCCGUGUCUCCGUACCAAGCUGGCGGCGCGAUCCCUCGCGCCGCGUCUCCCUACCAGGCCGGGGGCAUUCAACGUGCGGCGUCUCCGUACGGUGGCCCUCCGCCCAUUGCCCGCGCUGGCUCGCCCUACGGGGGUGCGAUCCCGCCUCGUGCUGCUUCUCCGUACUACGGUGGCUCUACCGCUGGAGCUGGUGGUGUCUAUGGACCAGGCCACGUCCUCGAAGGCCAGUCCAUGCGUGGUGGCGCAAGUCCAUACGCCCCGCCUGUUAAUCUCUACGCCAACCCGAAUACCUCCUAUGGUGCGGGUGGACAAGGCUCCUACGGGGCGUCCGGACAGAACCCCUACGGAGCCGCUUCCCCUUACGGCUCGGGCAUCGGCUCGCAUGCGUCUCCCCGUGUUGGCUCAGUCCCUCUCGACUCUGCCGGCGCCGGGCAGCAACAGAUGCUCACCGUCCCGGAGGGCUUUAACCGCCCGCCCAACCGCGCGCAGCCGUACACGCAGUUCGAGAUGUUGAAGGUCACGGACCUGGACGACCUGCUCGAGCAGAUGCCACGCAUGCCUGCGGUCCUCAUGCCCCACGACGUUUACCACGACGACUGGAUCAGGUUGAUGUCUGAUCUUGGCCUCGCCUGGACCGGCACGAUGCCCGUCCCGCAAUACUCGCCCGACGGCCGUCCCCCCAAGCGCUCCACGCUCGCGGCAGACGUGAUUGACCUCUGGAACGCGUCCUUCUUCCGCAUGCGGGGUGUCGAGAUGAUACUGUACAAGGGCCGUGAGAGGCGCUCGGGCCGCCUCGCGGGCACGGUCGACAUGAAUCUGCCCGGGUUCGACAAGUUCGACGUGUCGUCCCCGUCUGAGGACGAGGACGACUCGGAGGAGGACCGCUACCGCGAUCGCGACCGGUAUGGCGCGUACGGACGCACGGAGACGGACUCCCGCGCACGGCGGGAGAAGAAGGCAGAGCAGCGGAGACGCAAGAUGGAGAAGAAGAUCAAGAAGAGGCAGAGGGAGAUGGAGAAGUCGUACGCGGUCUACUUGCAGUGUGUUCCGCCGAGUGAGAUAUGAGAUGGGGGCUGGUGAUUUGCGGUUUGUUUGGAGAAGACUGGAGCAUGUAUGGGGCAGUCGAAGGAUGGAACAGAAGUUAAGAUCUUGUAUGCAUAUGUGCGUAGAUACCAUGUACUCGGACAUGCCCUUUCAUUUCACUGCACUGCUGCCAUCAUGAGUCGU